UGUCAGCCAGUCAGUUUUUGAAAAAUCUGCGCCGUUUUUGUGAAUUGUAUUAUUAUUUUUGUUAAACUAAAUUUAUUUCCAAAAUUUACUUAUUUAGAUUCAGUAUUAAAUGUUUACGUGCUUCAAAACACUACCAUGGAUCAAUCGUACUCGGAAAGCGAUGUUUCGCUGUCUCCUUCCCAACUACUGGAGCGAUUACAAGUGUUACGGCAACUGCAACUGUUACAACGAGGGAAGCUUCAAAAACAACGCUUGGAAUACCAAGAGACAUCAGAAACUUCGUCCAGUGUAACUGAGAUUGUUAGUCAUUUUAGUAACAGCACAAGUUAUAAUACAUUUCGCAGUUUACUUGAGUCUGCUCAUGAUUCUUCCACUGAUGGUACACCUCGGCUGGCGACCAGAGGAAUAUCGCAAAAGGUGAAAGAACGAGACUUAAUCGAAGGUGUAUCAAUGUUAAAUUUGUCACAAGAAUCAGAGUUCAUUGUUAAUUCCCCUGUGUCCUCCAGAAGUCGAAAGUCAGUAUUGUCUAGAAACGAGGAUAUCAUCUCACCACGCAGCAAUGUCGUUGAACAAAAUUCGCUCUCGAAAAAACAUAUUGCUCUGGAUGAUAUGCCCAUACUAUCACCUAAAAAAGACUUUGAAGCACUGCUGAUGGAGAAACUUCAGGUUGAAAAAACUGUGGCUAAAGCCAAAAGCCCCCAGCAAACAAAUAAAUACAAAAAUAAGGCUAAAAAGCCGUUCCUCAGGAAAGGAGAAGGUAUGUCCCGUUUUGGUUUACAAAAGAAGGACUUGGUGAUCCAGAACACAAAAGCCUUGCCAUGGCGUAGACAAAGUCUUGAAAAUAAAAAUGUACAGUCUCCAUUAAGAAAAGAAAUAAAUAAACUACCAAAAAGUAAAGAUAAUAAAGCUAACAUUGAAAUAAUAGUUACAAAACCUCAAUCAGUAGAUAAAAAUAAAGAGGAACUAAAAGAAUCCAAAAACAACUCUGAAAUAACCAACACAACAAAUGAGAAACCCAAUAAUCAUAAUUUGUCUGAAAAUGUUGAAAGUGCAUUACGGCAGCUUAUGCAAAAACCACUUACACUUCCAACUGGCAAGCAUCCAUUGAAGAAUGGUAAAGGAAAUACCUGGGCAUCAGUUUUAAAUAAAGAGCAAAAUGAUUUCCUUAAACAACUCAAGCAAAGUGAUUAUUACAAGAACUUUACUUCUCCAGCCAAAAGCAUUGUAUCUGAUGUCAGCUGUGAUGAGGCACUAUGCAAGCUUUCACAUGAAAGAGAAACAGCAGAGCAGAAUAUGUUUGACUUGCUUGAAAGCAAAGUUUCUCAUGAAAGCUUCAGCUUAGAAAAUUCUUUCUUCAACAAGUUUUUGAGAAAAAGCAAAUUAGAAUGUUCUGGUGAGAGCACACCACUUGUCAUGCAACACUGCUUGGCAAACAACCCAGAUUUGAUGCACAUUUAUCCUAAUCUUAAUCGAAAAAGGAAUCAGAAUUCCCAAAGUGAUGUUGAAACAUGUAAUAGCGAAUGCGCCGAUUGUUGUAGUGAAACAUGCUCAUCUGUAUCCAGUUGUUGCUCUUGCAAAACCGUUGAAGAAACUAACAAUACACACUGUACAGAAAAUAAUAAAAAAGAAGUUGGCCAUAAAGGCAAAACUAAAACUACAGACAGAAAAGGAGCAAAAGAGGUUCCUCCUGAUAAUGAUAAAGAUAAAAAUGAUGCUGUCAAUGCUAAUGACAGUCUUCAAUCAAAUAUGGUGGAAAUGAAUGCCAAAUUAAUUGCCACUAGUGAAUUAUUGAAAGACAGGUUGCGUGAAUUGGAAGAUGAAAUAGAAACUUUUAGAAAAGAAAAUGCAAAUCUCACGAAAAUGCGUGAAGAAAUUGACAUAGAAAGGCAAAAGUUCUAUGAAGAAAAAUCUAUGUUUGAACAGAAAUUCAAUGAGGAGAAAAUUAUGUCUGAAUAUUACUUAGCUGAAGAAAAAGAAAAACUGACUAAGCAAAAGCAAAUGUAUGAUAAGUAUGUAAGAGAAAUGAGGGGGCGUUUGAAUAAAAAAGAUAAAGAUGAAGUGUUAAAUUUGAGGAAAGAAAUAAAUGAUCUCAAGGAAGAAAUCAGAGUAAAAGAUGCUAAGUCCACAUCAACUAUAGCCAGACUCCGAAAUCAAAUAAAACUAAUGGAAAAAGAAAAGAAAGCUGCUGAUGAUGAAAUAGAAAAAUUAAAGAAGGAAAAUCGACGAAUACAGCAUAGUAAUGAUAUGACUAGAAGAAUGACAAAUAUAAAAUAUUUAGAGCAAAUAAACAAAAAACUUUCUAACAUGACUGCUAAAGAGACUCGUUCAGAAGUAACCCUUGACUCUAAUGCCAAAUACAAAACAUUUGAAAUUGAAAGACAGAGUAGAAGUAGAAAAGUUCCAUCAAAUAAUGCUGAUAAAGUAAUGAGAACCAGAGCUAAAAGUGUUCCAAAUCUAAACGUAACAUCAAGAUAUGCUAAAUACUUUAGUCAAAGAGAUGCAGGGAGUGACUUUGAAAGAAAUAGAACAGUAAAUAUAGAGGCUUUGGAUAAAUAUGAUUACACAUCUGAUAUUGACAUUGAAAACGAAAUACUAAAUGAUCGCGGUGAUUCCAUACAGUCUAAAGAAAAUUCUGACCCUGAAGAUGAUAAUAAUUUAGAAAAGUUGUAUAUGGAAAGGUUUCAUUCAGUUUCCCCUAAAAGUUCAAGGUCUAAUAUAUCAAAUCCAAGCACUAGUUACAUUUCUAUUAGCAAUAAUAACCCAGACACGUUUUUUAUUUCGAAAUCAAAUUCAAACAGGGAUUCUAGAUCACCAAGCAACACUGUAUCUCCUUUCAAUAAUUCUAACGAAUCAUUAUCCAAUAGAUCUAAAUCUUCAUCAACUUUGAGUCACAGGUCAAGUGAUCAGAGGUCACCAAGAGAUUUCAAUGAUGACAUUUACGUAAACAGAGAUACUAGCAAAAACUUGGCUGCAACUUCUCGAAGUUCUAGCAAAUCUCAGUCCAAGUCCCCUGUGUCAAUUCUUACUAACAGAUCAAGUGUACUAAAGCCUGAAACAGUAAUACACAAUGAAAACUACAUGGGAAGAUUACCGACUGUGUCGUCUAACCCUUCUUCAAGCAAAUCUAGCUUGACCAAAACGAACUUGAACCCAAUAGAGAUAAAAAAGCCUGAUGGUUCAAGGGAACUCCGCUUCCCAAACGGAAAUGUAAAGUUUCUAUCAUCUGAUGGGAAAUACAGCAAGUUUGUUUACUACAAUGGUGAUGUCAAGGAGAACUUUUACACUGAAGGGCGCAUCAAAUAUUUCUAUGCGGAUACGAAAACCUAUCACACCACACAUGCAGAUGGGCUAGAAGUGCUGGAAUUUAUAGAUGGUCAAGUAGAAAAGCGCUACAAAGACGGCUCGACUGAGAUCCGGCUUCCCAACGGUAGCGUCCGCUACUUUGACCCCAAGAAUGAACACGUACGCGAGGAGUGGAGAUUCCCCGAUGGCGCCGCUCUCACAAUCUCCGCGAGCGGAGAACAGCGUGUGGUGUUCAGCAAUGGACAAGUCGAAGUGCAUACCAAAGAUCAUAAGCGGCGCGAAUUCCCCGAUGGAACAGUGAAACUGGUCUACAACGAUGGCACCUCGGAAACUCGCUACGCGUCAGGACGCGUGCGCAUCAAGGACAAACACGGCAACGUCAUCAUGGACUCAGCUACUGGAUGAGAGUCCACAGUUCUGCGAAUGGUGAGGCAGCCUACAUAGGUAAGGGACUGGUAGCAGUACUGUAACAGCAGGUCUCGUAUUGUUCGUAUUUCUAGAAGUUUUUUCUUACUCUUUUCUGAACCACGCCCCAAAAUUAGGCUCGUAUAUGGAACAUCCUGUAUAAGUUGUGAUAAAUUAAACCCCUUCUGCAGUUAGUGGCUAACAAAAUGAAAAUAAAGUCUUAUGUUAAUUAAAUUAUUAUUCUCUGCAAAGUAUGGUCACUUCAAGACCAGGAUUAUCUUACAUGGCCAGCUGUAGUAUACAAUGUUACUGUCAUAAUAUAAAUGCAUGCAGCUUAGUAAUAGUAGCAGCUUUUCAAAAUGCAACAUCCAAUAAAAACA